CCACCCCCCUUCGCCCCCGGGCAGAUGGGUCCAGCUUUCGGCAUGCCUCCCCAGAACCCCGGCUACGUCCAGCCCGGGGGGAUGAGCUUCCCCGGGCAGCCCUUCAACCAGCCCCCCCUCGGACAGAACUUCAGCCCUCCCACGGGGCAGCUCAUGCAGGGGCCUGUCGGGGGCUUCGGGCCCAUGAUGUCCCCCACCAUGGGGCAGCCUCCCAGGGGGGACAUGGGGCCCGGCCCGGCCCUGAACCCCCCCGGCGGGCCAGCCAUGGCGCAGCGCUUCAGCCAGCCCAGCAACCUCUUUGGACAGUCCCCCAUGCAGCGCCCUGGGCAGAACAUACCUCCCCUCCCCCCCAACGCCAGCCCUUUCCCCGGGGCAGACCCCCGGCUUCCCCGCUGGCGGAGAGGAGGGGGCAAAAACCUGAACCCC